AAAUGCAUUAUUAUCGGUAAACAAUACCUGCAUUUUCUAUCAUCUCUACACAAAACACAUACACAUUUAUACAACAUGAUUAGGAGAUAUUGAGAUGGUCACAGCAGUACACAUGAACAUUUGGUGUCUCCGUCCCCACCAGACGACGGAGCCUCUGCCGGCAGUGUCUUCCGCUCAGCCACUUUCGACAAAAGGUCAUAGUACACCUUAUCCACAUUGACUUUGGUCUUGGCAGAUGUCUCUACGUACGGGACACCCCACUGAGCUGCCAUUGCAGCCACCUCUUCUUCAGUCACCUCCCGACUCUCCUCCGCCAGGUCCAGCUUGUUGCCCACCAAGAUGAUAGGAAUAUGGUCGUCCACCUUCACUCGUAAAAUCUGGUCACGGAAAUCACUGGCUGCGGCAAACGUCUCUCGGUCCACCAGAGAAAACACACAGAGAAAUCCUUCCCCGGACCUGAAGUAGUUGUCCCGCACGACGACAUAGUCUUCCUGGCCCGCCGUGUCCAGGAUGUCGAUCUGGCAUUCCCUGCCGUUCAGAGACACCUUCUUUCGAUAGCUGUCAGCCUUUGUGGGCUCGUAAUCCUCCACGAACUCUUCGUACAUGAACUGCAGCGUGAGUGCGCUCUUUCCUACACCUCCACUGCCAACCAUUAUCACCUUGUGUACAGGCAACUGCUCUCCUGUUCGAUCGCUCUUCUUGGCCAUCUUUCAGGAACUGCACUACUAAGAAUUGCUGACUUGGCAACAUGGUCACGUGACCGUCACGCGCACCCAACGACCACACCCACCCACGCACACCCACGCGCACGCAUACGUUGUGCCUCGCAAUAUAAUUAUGCUGUUAGCUGGGGGGAGAUGGAGUUCUUGAGCCUGCAGGUGGACUUUUUCGGCUCUACUACGGACAACGAGAUAGUUUCGACCCAUACCAUAUUCUGCAAAAAGCACACCGUAAGGCGGGAAGACCCAACCACACCUUCAGAUAGGACGCUAUUCUCACUAGGGUGGCCUCCUUAUUGCUCGGGAAACCAAGUAGAAGCGGUAUUUUCAAGGGCAGGCUAUGUAUCUGGCACAUUCCUGCAGGAGAAUGCUGGGCAGUUGGUGAAGAAGGCUGAUGCUGAAGGUGGUGGGCAGGGAGGGAGAGUUGCGUACGUGGUAUUCUCUCAGCCAGAGGAACUGGACCGUGCUCUGGGACUGUGUGGUGGUGGGGAGGCAGUGAGGUGUGACAUUGGAACAACUGGUGUGAGGAAAUGGUGUGAGGACUAUGCUAGUAGACGGCUAAACUCAACUGCUCUUGAUACCGCAGCUAAUCUGGUUGUAGGGCAGUAUGACAAUUGUGCAGCUUAUCAACCGAAAGCGAGAAAGCGGCUCUCCCAACCUGACAGUGAUGGGUGGGUGACUGUCACUUCAAGGAGACCACAGUCUAAUGGACCCCAGAACCCACGCAAAAAGAAAAAGGAAAAGAAAUUGACUAACUUUUACCUGUUCCAACAACGAGAGAGCAAGCGAGAGGCUGUGGCAGAGUUACGCAGAAAAUUUCUGAAGGACAAGGAGAGAGUUGCGCAACUUCGGACACAGAGAAGAUUCCGACCAUUCUAGCAAUUGUGCUCUUUUUUGCUGUCAUUAUAAUAAUAAUAUUAUGAUGAGGUGGAGUUAUGAGUCACUGUC